AUGGGCCUUGCUGAUGCGCCCUCGACGCUCGACCCAACAUGCGCGGAAGUCUGGAACUAUGCCGACUACGACGCCCAAGACAGGAGGAACAAGGCUUGCUUCGAAGUCCGUCGACUCUUUCUGCACGCCGGCAUCUCCUUGCACCACCGCGAUUGUUGUCGAUACAUCCUGAUCCACACGUACUCGGACUGGGUUUCGACAGCGGGCCAAGCGAUGACUUUGUGGUUAAGGAUCCUCGACGACCAGAGCUCGGCCGAGAAGGGCACUCGCUUAAUGAGCGAGGCACCGGAUAUCGUGUUUGAUGCCAAGAUUUGGGGCCGAAUGUUGAAGGCGUAG